AGCUCGUACAAUCGAACCUCCUUGCACUGACAUCAAGCCGCAUCUGGUGGAGCCCCUGUGACGUGGGGGCAAGCCUGGGCUUCUCACUCUUCCAACCUGAAGACUUCAAUAACUUCAAGCUCAAUUCAUGACAGCCUGAGCGCGCAAGAACGAGACAUCAGGAACCGUCGAGAACGAGCAUUCAUUGCCAUGGAGACCCAAACUCGAAAAUUGGUGGACAAGGUCCUCAAGAAACUCCAGGAUCUGCCCUCAGACAAGCGCUUCCUCAUUGGCAUAGCAGGUAUUCCAGGCUCAGGAAAGACGACUCUGGCCGAUGUCGUCGCAAAAGCUGUCAACGAGGCUAUGGACGAUCCUCGAAUCGCCCAGGCCAUAUCCAUGGACGGUUACCAUCUGACGCGAAAGCAACUCUCCGCCAUGCCAAAUGCUGAGGAGGCGCACGCGCGUCGGGGCGCGGCAUUUACGUUCGACGUAGAUGCCUACUUGGAUCUGGUGACUGAUCUGAGAAAACCCCCUACCAAGGCGAUAGUAGCGCCGACAUUCGAUCACAGACGGAAAGACCCCAUUCCGGGAGACAUCUAUAUCGGCAGAGAGAACCGGGUGAUCAUUGUGGAGGGCAAUUACGUUGCGUUGAACGAGCCCCUGUGGAAAGAUGCAAAGUCUCUGUUUGACGAGGUGUGGUUUGUCGAGGUCGACUUUGAAGUGGCGCGGCGACGGUUGAGAGAACGGCACGUACGAGCCGGCAUCGUGUCCACUCUGGAAGAAGGCGACAAGAGGGCGUUAGAAAAUGAUCUUGUCAACGGUCAAGAGAUCCUGGACAAGAGGCUGCCUGUGGACGAGGUCGUACAGAGCAAAGAAGAUGGGCAAUGGGUACAUGAAUAGAUGAACGCUACAUAGACGC